AUGGCUUACCUAAAGAAACUGGCUCGCCAGCACGUCACUCAGCAGCAGCAACAACAACGACAACGACAAGAAUCCAGGUGCGUGCAUUCGACGGGGCGGGACGGGAAUGAGGAUGACGACGAAGAGGGCGCAGACAAUGUCGCCGGCAUACGGAGCAAUAAAUUCAAGCGUCACGACGGCUCACGGCCCUCGCCCUCGCCCUCGUCCGGCGCCGAACACCAGGAUGAACAGGAUGAUUCCUCCGGUUCAUCGAACGCAGAGCGGCGCCCGGGUGGUGGCCGGUCUGCUCCCACCAUCAAAUCUACCCGAAAACAGUCGUACUCGUGCACGUACUCGUACCCUGGUGCGAUCAAGCUGAAGAAGGGCAACAGAGUCUACUCGAGGGCCAAGUUCCGCGUCGAACAACCGAAAUCGUUGCUGGCGCAGACGUCGAAGGAUCCGUUUGACGCCUUCCCGGAGCGUCGGUUGCCUGAGAAUGUGGAGAAGGUUGUGCAGUAUGCAUUCGACCGCAUCUGGCCCGAAAUGCUAUGCGCCGUGCGCGGCGAGACCCUCGCCAUCGCCAAAUCGGAAUGGAAAGGCCACGGCCUCCACGACGAACUCCUCUUCCACGUCCAAGUCGCGCUGGCGUGCGGCCUGAACCUCGCGCUGCAGACCGUGCCCCGGGUGUCUGAGGCGCUGGCCCUCGCCCGGCUCAGCCACUACUCGACCGCGAUCCGGCUGCUCAAACGACGCAUCGAGAGCCUGGAUGGCAACGGCCGGGCCUCGGAGGAUCUCAUGAUGAGCAUGCUCAUCUUGGGCGUCAAUGCCGAUGUCGAAGAAGCCAUGCCCGAGGCUCACCCGCCCUCGCCGCUCGCCACGAGCCAGUACAUGCAUCUGUAUGGUCGGUUGACGCUGAUGCCCAGCUACGCCACGGCGUUACAUCAGUUGGUGGAGGCGCGGGGUGGGAUAUUCAAGCUCCGCCAUCUGGCGUUGGCGGAUUGGUUGCUUCUAGCCGACCUUCACCACGCCAGCAGGACAGGCGAUCGACUACGCUACCCGCCCAUCCGAGCGUACUACUCCAUCGUGGCGAGCGCGAAGCACGUCCUCGACGCCAAAGCCGAGGUCCUCUCACAGCAGCUUGGCCUGGGGUUUCGCGUCCUCGACGAUACGCUCUUCACCGCCGACCUGCGCGACGCCGUCGCCAAGGGCGUCGAAGCCACGGUCGCGUUGGAUCACUACCAUCGGUAUGAGAACCGGCCGCCUCGACUCGUGGACGUGAUGCUCGCGGCGAAUGAGGCCCAGAGGACGUUCCUAAACGUGUUUCCUGACCGUGGAGUCGGGCUACAGCUACAGCUGCAGCAACUGGUGCAUGAAGCCUGUCGGCUGGGCAUGUUGAUCUUCAGCGACAUGGUCCUCUUCCCCAUGCCGAGUUGCACGCGGAUCAAGCCCCGACUGGCCGCCGAGUUGAGGCGGGUCUUCGAGACGUUCGAAAAUCAAGGCAAUCUAGAAGUCACGCACGAGGCUAGAUGUGCUUGUUCAUCACCGCGCAUCGCAGGUCUGAUUCUCUGGGCGCUCACGCUGGGCGGGAUUGCCGCUUCUUUCACGGACGACCGAUCGUGGUUCGAGCGACGGUUGCGGAGAAGAUGGAGAUUGAGAGAGCGAGGACGAGAAACAGAAAGAGAAAGAGAAGGAGGAGGCAAUUCUCAUAUGGACUCGGAUGCUGGAGUGGAACCAGAAAUCGAAGCAUGGCCAUCAUCACCCUCAUCGUCAUGGCCCGCGUUCAAGGAUUGUGUUUCGAGGUUUUUGUGGUGGGAUCCCGUGGUGGAUGAGCCGGCCAGGGAUCUGUGGGAGGCUGCCAUGAGGGUGGCCGGUGUGGGCGUGGACGGCCCCGAGGCGAAGAAUCAGGAGACGUGA